CGCGGCUCGUCCUCAUCCCCAGAUCAGCCGCGGCUGCUGCCUCGCUGCCCCUGCAUGUCUGCCGUCGCCAUCCGACCGUCGCUGUCGCCUCGGAUGAUCCAGAACAAGGCCCCCAGUAUAGACGCCCCAGCUCAACACAUGUCUGGCCAAAAAACCUCGCCCUCAAAGCCCAUCACACUCCUCGCCCGACCCAAGGCCGAAUCGCCUGCGCCGGCUGCGACUCCUAUCGGCGGCAAUGCUGAACCAUCCACCCGGCCGGGCUCUACCCUCGAGCCUGAAUCGCUAAAUGCCCAACAAGAGCUAGGCCAGGCCAAUGGCGACGCCGCCGAAAAGAGCAGCGCUAGCAUCUGGCACCCUACCGUUGUCGACGCCGUCCGCAAGCAAAAGGAUCGGGUUUGGGUCCUCAAGUUCGAGAAAGAAAUGGAGGCUUUUGUUCAAGAGUCCAGCCGCGACUCGACUGAAUACCCUGAUUUGAAUUCGUACUACCGACUCCUGGCUCAUAACAUCGCCGAAGCCUUUAAACUGACACAUAUUUAUGAUAGCCAUCGAAACGCUGUGAUCAUCACAAAGUCACCUGCAUCUACAAUCCCCAAAUUUUCCCUAAGAGACAUCCCGUUAACAGACGAUCAGCAAGCCGCCUCUGAGCCCGUCGUGGAGCAAUCGCAGCAGCCGGUUGUGCUCCCAAAGGCCAUCAUGCGCCGCGAGGACAAAUCCCGGCCAGGCGCCAGGCACCACCAGCACGGCCACGUCAAAAAAGCCGAUCCCCCGAAGACGAGGGAGCAGCGUGAGCAAGAGUACGAAGAAGCUCGCAAGCGGAUAUUCAACGACGAUGCCUCGGCCGACUCGUCCUCUCAGGAAAGCGCCCCCAAAACCCCGUCGGAGCCGCCGGUCGUCAAGGCCGUGCCGGCUCGGCAAGGCCCGAUUUCAUAUCGUCCGCCUCGCUCGGCCCACACAAACAACCCCGCAAGCACAGCCAUGGGCGGCGCUUACCCGGCAUGGCAUAUGGCUGGCGAGCGGCCUGGAUAUCAGCCUCCGUUUCCUCCCGCCUUUGGCAUGCAUAGCCCCGGCCCGGCCCCCCGCCCUGCUGUCGUCUAUCCCGCCCCAGCCCACUAUAAUCCCGGCUUCCGUCCGCCGCAGCACGGCAUGAACGUACCAACCGGACUCUACUAUGAGCCCGACUGGUCCGCCGCCCCUACCGCCUCGCCCUAUGGUCGUGCUGAUGGCCAGCUCGACGCUGGCGCUGCGGGCCCGUUCUUCCGCCCGGCAUAUCCACUAAUGAGCACCCGGAUGGCGCCGGGGCCGUACACCGGCGGCAAUCCGGCCUGGCAGCCUCCGGGCCGGCCUUUUUUCCAGGACGACCACAGCAUCGGCGCCCCUGCAACUACCGGCCCAUACUGGCUGCCGACCCCGAACCGGCCGCAGUACUUUCCCGACCAACACGGACCUGUGCGGCCGCAGGCCCACCAGAACCCGCCCAUGUCCAACUAUCCCCACCACCCGCAUCACUUUACUCCAAAGCAGCACUCCAAAUCAUACAGUCAUAGGUCGCACGGCGGCGGCAGCGGAUCGACGAAAGGGCCCAACUCGCCCAUGUCGAACAAGGAGUGAGGGAGCUCUGCCCCUCUCUUCCCGCCCGCUUUUGUGCUCGCAAAAGCAACAUGACACGGCGCACACUAUGCAGU